ACGAACGCAUGGCAGACACUAGUGCGAAUCAAACGAGAUGAAGGAAGGGUGAAUGAGAGAAAAAGAAACUUCCUUCACCACCCCUCCCUCUUCCCUCAAGAAACAGAGCACGAGGGUCCAUUCUGUGCCCCGAGGGCGAAAAGGAUUCGCUUUGCAGAGAGGAGAAGCGAUCGAAGAAGAGUGAGGUUGCCAGCAGAUCGGUAGGACAGGCCCGAGGGAAGCGCAACGAAAAUAGAGAAAAAGAUAUGAUGACGGCUAUUUGCUGGAAACAGUAGGAAGGACAAGAACACACAGAAGAGACCUGAGAAGAUGAAGAGAGAAGGAAAGAUGCAAUGCGAGAAAACGCGAGAAGGACUGAGAGAGAAAACAGAGAGCGACAGGUGCGCAAGCGCCCACGUGGAGCUCGCUUCUUUGAAGCAUCAUCGCGGAUGGUGGAAAAGCGAAGCAGAAGCAAAAGAAGAUGAUGAUGACGACGACGAUGAUGACGGUGACGACGAGGACGACGAAGAGGACGAGGAAGAUGACCGACCGGCUUCCUUGAGCCGGUUGAACAGACCGACACUCGCUCUACACCCAAGUUGCACUCAUGCCAAGUGCAUGUGGUGGGGUGAAGAUUACACUGGCGUAGGGUCUAUUUUCCAUCGAUAUAAAUUGUUCAUCCUUUCAUUAUAUACACAUAGAUGUUUACAAAUAUAUUUGUUACUUUCGAAUCAAUGAAACGAAAAGAAAGUUACAAGGAAGAACAAUCAAGUAUCUCCCAAGUACCUCGUUGAAUAUACCGAAGACACGCGCCGGCUUUAUUCUCGCAGCUGGACUGAGAUCUUUCGCAUCUCAUUCAGUCGAAGAUAUUGUUAACAGUGUUUCGAGCGCAUCACGGUAGACGUGAUCUGAUGAAGAAACCCAGUCGAAGCCAGUCGAGUACCCCUAAGGCUAUUUCUCGACUACGCCGAUGAAAAAGGCCGCGACGAGGGCCGAUGAGUGGGAAAAGGUGGUUUCAAGAGGGGGAAGGGCUAACCAUUCGGUAGCAAAUGCUGGUAACCCGUCGCAAGGUCAAGAUCAGUCGGUUAAUCCCGUCCAGUCGACCGAGGGCCUUGCACCUUGCACGACGAACGAUCUCUCCACUUGUUCGCACUCUCGUAUACGUUUACGUGUAAUCUUGCGCUCAGUACACGCCGCAGAUGUAUUAACGUACAAUUAAUAAUCGACGGCUCUUGGAGAUUAACUGGAGAACAAUCGAAUCUUGAAGUUCUAAAUGUCAAUCUUAAAGUUCUAAAUGUGCCGGGACUUUUUUUAUUAGCAAUGGGCUUCUCGUUCAACACAUAAUGCAUUGAGAGAAUCUAAUGCUUCGUAAAAACAACAUAACAUAAAUGUGUCUUGUUUUUGUUCCAUUGAAAAAUAUUUUCUUAGCGAUUUGUUAACGCAAGCACGGAUGUACUUAAAAUAAUUAUAUAAAAGUGAAGGUAACGCUGUGGUGGAUUCCAAAAAUAUACUCUUCACGUGAGUCUCUGUUAUGGAAACUUGCGUCUUAAUACCUAAAGAAUUUUCUCUGGUCCUCACCAACGAUCAGUCAUCCUGUAAAAAUCUCUUCAAAAAUGACUCGGCUACAUUGGUCACGGAUGUAAGAAUUUCGGUAUGGUCGAAUGUGUUUAUUCCAUCGGGAACUCUGAUUUACCCAUUUCAAGGAUCAAUCAGAUUCGACAAGAUUGAUCUUUACUCUCUCCUCGAUGACAAUGAUAUCAGACGCGAGUACGGCUGUUACGACGAGGUCUUCUUCUCCAACUACAAUCUUAACAAGCGUCAGUGCAAUUGGAUAAGGUUUCUUCGUAUCGUUCAGUCGUACGAUGAGCAAGUUAAUUUGAUCGGUACAAAAGUGAAGGGUGAACCUAUAUUUGAGGUAAUAAAGGAUGUACAACCGGACACGGAACUAGUGGCUUGGUUUCUACCAGUAACACAGCAGGAUUUCGUUAUCAUCUCGCACGAUGUAUGCUCCAGAUCGGCUAUCUACAGAUGUACGAUCGACUCUAUCUUAGACGAAUCUCCGUUGGACUUGUCGAUGACGCUACUCGCUCAUCAUUCUCUGCCACCGAUAUCACACUCCUAUUACGAGGUGGAUGAAUACGAAUCGACAUCCGAGGAAUCCUCAUCAUCAACGUUAUCGUUGGCCGGUGAUCACCUCGAUUGCAGCAUCUUGACGACGAUUAAAAGAGGGGAGAGAGUUUUAUUGCCUUGCGAAGUCUGCGGCAAAUCCUUCGACCGGCCAUCUCUUCUGAAACGACAUAUGAGAACACAUACAGGAGAGAAACCGCAUGUCUGCAUGGUGUGCAACAAGGGUUUCUCAACCUCGAGCUCGCUGAACACGCAUAAGCGCAUCCACAGUGGUGAAAAACCUCAUCAAUGUCUUGUCUGCGGUAAGAAGUUCACAGCCUCGUCGAAUCUCUACUAUCAUCGGAUGACUCAUAUCAAAGAGAAGCCACACAAAUGUUCGCAAUGUUCAAAAUCAUUCCCUACGCCGGGUGACCUGAAGAGCCACAUGUACGUGCAUAAUGGGCUCUGGCCAUUCAGAUGUCACAUUUGCAGCCGAGGCUUCAGUAAACCGACCAACCUGAAGAAUCACAUGUUGCUUCAUCUAGGCAGAUGCUCCAAUAAAAAGUACAUCAAGUCUAUUUCCGACUUGUGACUGACAUGAAUAUCAGGUCUCGUGAAAGCUUCAUGAAAAGAUUCAGAGAUUGCUGAUGUAGACAUAUACACGCGUAACGUGCCAUUCUUGGUCAAACAUGUAAUUUUAAAAGAAGACAAUCAUAUAUAAGCAACAUUAUCUUGUGUUACGACUGAUUUAGAUUAUAUCAUGUUAAAAUACACAUUUGUUCAAUGGUGUAAAUUUUUUGUGAGGGAUUUUUUAA